AUGAGCAGUUCCGGCAUUAAUCCUACUGCGUUGACUUCGGAAUCCGCUCCCGACGUUUCCGAUCCCACUCCUCACAAUUCUCCAAGGGGAAACAUUGAUGUUCACAUGAACGACGUCACUCCUCGCAACUCUCCGGCGGGUGGUAUGCGUGAUCCGCGCGCUUCCUUUUCUACUACCUCGGUAGUUUCCGAUAAUAGUGCCGCUUCGAGCACGGUCACUCAACAGGAUUUAGACGCAUGCAUGCGUCAAAUGGAGGAACGUUUUGAGAACACAUUUGAACGACUGACUCGCAAUUUGGUAGUUCCAUCACAGCUCGACGAGAUUACAAAUCAACUCAACUCGCUCUCUGUUCUCUCUCCUACUCAACCUGCUCAUGGCCCUUAUCGUGCUCGGAUGGGUCCUAGUUUGUAUAACAGACCCCAACCAAAUCUGGGUUUUCCAAUGCCGGCAGAGCCCUUUUCUCAUCUCCAACCACCUCGCAUGCCGCAACUGGUUCGUCACACGCCACCUCCAAUCAUUCAACCUUUGUAUGUAUCGCCGUUGCCUCAAGCACCGCGAUACCGUCAAGGAACUCCGGUGGUGCCUGCGCCGCCUUACCAAGAGGCGCCCUUCCCGGUGCAGCAGCAGCCGCUGUUCCUGCAGCCGGGGCCCACUCACGUUCCUCUCUUUCAUGAACCGCCGCCUCACCAAGGGGGCCCGGCUCCACCAAUUCAUGUAGUACCUGCGCACGUACCUGGGCCACCACCGCCACCACCACCUCAACCACCUGUUCAAAAUAUGGUACAUCCCCAACAACCACCUCCGCCACCUGCAGCUAGCACAAACACAGAGCCACCGAUCAUGAACGACAUCUACUUUUCUGGUCGACCAGCCGACUUGCGCGAUUUUUUACAAGAAAUUCGCGACGCCGUUUGA